CGAGUAGCUUUUGACAGCUGAGAGAACGGAGCAAUCUACAGACUACACACAGACAGUGACCGUACAUAAGCUAGAUAGAGUUUUGUCUGGAGAACAGUACUGAUCAAGUAGCAACCGGCUUUAGAUCACUUUAGAUCUUUAGGGCUGGAUUACUCCGAACGUGUGAUAUUUUUUUAAGUAUAUAAAUUUAUUAUUGACAAUUGAUUUCAUUUUUUUACGUAUUGCAGAUGAAAAUAGAGUGACAGUGAACUGUGUGUUUUAAUUGAGUAAGUUGAUAAAUAUUUAAUAGUAAAAUGGAUAUGGAUAAGGAAUCAGUACAUGGGCUGGAUAAAAUGAAACGUGAGAACGAUUCUACUGAUGACUUUGAGCAUCUCGAACAUGUUGCGUCACCGGAGGAUGCUAAGAGUAAUAAUUUAUCGGGUCAGCUAAUUGAUGUAGCACGUGGACCAAAAGAUUUGAUGGAAGUAGCAACAAAACUGGAGAGAAAUCUUCUGGACACUACGGUAUCAGAGGUGGACGAUAAAAUUUUGCAGCCGGUUCCAGCUACUCCGCCACCUUCAGCGGAUUUUGAAAAGUUUAGUAAUAUGUCAUCAAGUGCGCAGCCGUUGGAUCCUUUUGAGAUACUGCAGCAGAAAAACCAUCAGCAGCAGCAGCAACCUAGUCAGGUACCCCAGGUUGACGCUAAAACUGCAACAAUGGCGUUCAUGGAGACUGAGCGAAGUGGAAGUGGAUUUUAUAAAGAUACACCAGAAAUGUCACCGGAAUUCGGCCGCCGUGAGUUUGAUAAUUAUCAAGACAAUGACGAGGACAGCAAGAAGGAUUUGCUGAGCCGUGAUUCACCGCUGAUGGGUGGUAGUGAUUCACCAGCAGCAAGUAUUUCUCCGGACUUGUUGAAAGAAACGCCAGCGGGCGAAGUGCAUCAUGGCAAUUAUGACCUUGGAGAGACUGAUGACCCGGUUGACAAACAUAAACAACAAAUACCAUCUGAUUUAAGUCCUCCUGAUUCAUUGUCGUCAUCUUCAUUCAACAAUGACAGUUUGAUUAACAAUAAAAGUAGCAAAGACCAGGACUCAGUUAAAAAAGAUGUCUUCCAUGAUGAUGAUGAUGAUAUUAUUAGUGACAUAAAGUCAUCUGUUCUUCCCCAGCCGGAGAAACCUCCAGUGAUGGAUUUCUUGAGUGACGAACCACAGUCUCAUUACAAUCAAAGUGUCAAAGAUAUGCCAAAUAAUACAGUUAAUGAUAAUGAUGAUGAUUACUUGAUUGACAACGCACCAACCAAACCACUACCCCCAUUGCCCAAGGAAGAUCUCGAUGAUAAAUUUGAAAUGACCCGUGAUUACAUGUCUCCUGAAGUCGCCUCACAUCAGCACCAGCUUCAGCAGAGUGGCAACGAAACUGGUGACUCUGAAUUUGAGUCAGAACCGGAACCUUCACCAGCUAAAAUUCCAAUAAAAUCAGCUACCAGCAUUCCAGCAGCCGAACAGCCUCAAGAGCGUAAAAUUCAGAGUAAUUUGCCUGCUAAGAAGUAUGUCGUCGAGCACGAAGAAAUUGCGCCUCGUAAAAUUUUCUCAGACAUGGGACUCGAUGCUUGGUUUAAUCCUGAAAGACUGAAUCCAAAGGUGGCUGCACUGAUUUAUUGGCGCCAGCCAGAAAAAACAGGAAUUGUUUUCGGUGUCAUAAUGAGCAUCCUCCUGUCAUUGACCUAUUUUAGUUUGAUCAGCGUAUUCUCAUAUUCGGCAUUAUUAACACUAAUGGGUACAAUGGGAUUCCGUAUUUACAAAACCAUUUUACAAGCUGUACAAAAAACAUCUGAUGGCCAUCCAUUCAAGGAUAUUCUUGAUGUUGAUCUUACAUUGCCAUCAGAAAAAGUUCAUGAAGUUGCUGACAUUGCUGUGGCUCACGCCAAUGCUGCUGUUUCUGAAUUGCGCAGACUUUUCCUCAUUGAAGAUUUCAUUGACUCAAUUAAAUUCAGUGUUGGUUUGUGGUGUUUGACAUACCUUGGCGCGUGGUUUAAUGGAUUGACACUCAUCAUCAUUGGAGUGAUUGCACUUUUCACCCUUCCGAAAAUAUACGAAACGAACAAAGCUCAAAUCGACCAGAAUCUCGCUUUAGUACAAGGAAAAAUUAAUGAAUUAACUGCCAAAAUAAAGGCAGCCAUUCCUCUCGGCAAAAAGGCAGAGCCUACGAAGGAGGAGUAAGUCCACUAGUUUUGCCAAUAAAGAAUCGAAGAUCAAGAUCACAAAACAUCAAUUAACCAAAUUCACGUAAUGAACUUGAAGUUCACCUCAAAAAAAUAUCAAUACGUGCAUCGAGAUUCAAAUUUCUCGGAGAGCGACAGUCACACGAUCCGUCAUUUUAAAAUAAUUAUAUAACAACUCAUAUAUUUAUAUAUAUUAAUAAGAAUUGCGUUAAAAAAACGCAUCUACAGCUCUCAUAAAUAAAAAGAAAAAAAAUAACAAAACAAGUAAUUAUAGUUAAUAAUAAUAAUUAAAUUUAUUGAUUGAUUGAUUGAUUGUUCGUUAUUAUUGCGGCAGUAACAUCCAUUGAUGUAAGAGUGCAAUGAUAAUUUAUUUAUUAUUAUUAUUAUUAUUAUCAUUUUUUUUUUUCAAAAAAUUUAUAAAUAUUUUUUCUCCAAUCCAUUUUUGUUCCCUUUCCAUUUGUUUUCACUCCUCGUCGAUAUUUUAUUUACUUUGCAAUGUAAUUCUUAUACAUUAAUUAUUAAUUAAUGAUGAAAAAAAAACAAUCAUGGGUACAUAUUAA